AUGGCGGAACCCUUGUAUACAGCAUUCACCGGCGAUCAGGCUGAAUCUAAUUCCAUUGCACUAUUGGAAGGCCGCUACUUCCUACCUGCCCUUCUCGACCCCGCCACUACGGCCUUUCUUUCACAUUGCCAAUUUCACAAGGAUCACUUAUCUGUGCACCUUGAGGUGACUACCUCCGAUCAUGUGUUCUUUUGGUCUCGCAAUCCGGAGGACAAAGGCUCAGAACUUCAUGGUCUGCACAACGGUCACUUCAAGGCAGCGGCCCAGUUACCAGUUAUUGCCUCUUAUGAUGCCCUUUUUCGCAACAUUCCUUUGGCAAUGGGAUUUGUCCCCUCAAAUUGGCAGAACUUGAUGAAUUUUGCAAUUGAGAAAAAGGCGGGCGACCUUCGGCUGUCGAAAAUGCAUACUAUUCAGUUAAUGAAUUUGGAGGCACAGGCGAACAACAAAAAAGCCGGUCGGGCGGCCAUGCGAUAUGCCGAGGAACACUCCUUGAUUCCAGACGGUCAGUGCGGUUCUCGGAAACGUCACCAGGCCAUUGAUCUGGCCCUGUCCAAAUGUCUGGUCUGGGACUUGUUGAUUCUCCAACGACGCGCAGCUGGGUGGAUCUCUAAUGAUGCCAAAUCCUGCUUUGAUCGUAUUGUCCAUUGGGUGGCAAUCGUUGCGAUGCUCCGGUUUGGGCUGACAUGGAGGGUCCUAUCCUCCAUGUUUAACAUGCUGUCAUCAGCGACGCAUUGGUUGCAGACAGGCUUUGGUGAUUCAGAAAGUACUUUGAAGCCGCCUUCCGUUAUCCCCUUCCAAGGCUGUGGUUAG